AUGGCCGGCGCCACGGCCGACGAGCGCGAGAUCCUGGUGGACCUGGCCGUCCGCCAGUCUCCUCCGCUGCUGCAUCGCCCCCAGGAAAUGGCAUCGCUGCCGAUCCCCGAAGAGCUCCUGCCGGGCAUCUUCCUCCGCCUCCCCGACCCGGCCGACCUCGCCCGCGCCUCCGCCGCCUGCGUCUCCUUCCGCCGCCACAUCACCGACCGCUCCUUCCUCCGGCAGUACCGCAAGCUCCAUGCCCCGCCCCUCCUCGGCUUCGUCGAAAUAAAGGGAGAAUUCCACCGCGCCAGCCCGCCUUACCCCUCCGUGUCGGCAGCCAGCGCCGUCGCCCUCGCCGCUGACUUCUCCUUCUCCUUCCUCCCUGCCCCCGCCUGCCAGUGGUUCAUCCUGGACAUCCGCGACAGCCGCGUCCUCCUCUACAGGACCUGCUUGCCGGGCACCGCCUUCCUGCUCAAGGAGAUGCUGGUGUGCGACCCCUUGCACCGGCAAUAUCUUCGGCUUCCCCCAAUCCCCGACGAAUUAUCCACUUCAGUGGAGAAAUGGCACACGUUCCUCGUCCAUCAGAGUGAUCUGGAGGCUGCGGAAGAGACAGCCUUCAGAGUGAUCUGGAUGGCAUGUCUCGGACAUAAACUGGCAGCCUUUGUCUUCUCUUCCACCACCGGACAAUGGCAAGCUGGUCCAUCACAUAGUGGCUGGAUCGAAUCAUCUGGCGCCCUCUCUCGUUCCCAAUACGCGAAUGGAUGCUUCUAUUGGGUGACAGAUUGCAGAGAAAAGUUGUUAGUACUUGAUACUAGAAGGAUGGAGUUCUCCACCAUCGAUGCCCCACCCGAAACCAAACUUGAUGAUGUGAAUGUAGCCAUUGUGGAGGCAGGGGAAGGCAGGCUUGGGAUGUUUGUUCUACCCUGUGGAUCUGACCUCAGUUAUAUCAUUAGGCGAAACAAUGUUGGGAGCUCCGGCCAGUGGCAGUUGGAGAAGACAAUCUCCUUAGGUUAUGAUACUUAUUGGUACUGUUUCGUUGGCUCAAUGCGGGGACACUUGUUCCUAGAGCAUAUGGGAGACUUCUUCUUGUUGGACGUCAAGUCAUUCAAGCUUGAGACGGUGUCUGCUUCAGAUCAUACGUUUCUUUGGCCGCGUGCAUAUAGCAACUUUCCACCAUCAUUGUUGUCGUCACCGACAGUAGCAAGUGGCGUUGAGGAAGGGGGUUAAGAAGGAGAUGCUGGAACAAGGCUGUGCUGCAAACUCAUGUGCGGAGUCACCACAGUCAGAGUAGUGCUGAUGUAGAUGCUGGUGGUCAGGCAUAGGAGUAGAGAUGCUGGUGUGGUUGUGACGCAACUUGACAAUUACCCACUAAGCUGGUGAUCAUUUGGAAGUAACCUGAAGUGUAUGUUGUAGCCUGGAGAACUUUAAAGGCAUUUAGUUUCUGCACAUUCAGUAGUAUAGGUUAACCGAGACAAUGUAAGGAGUCAAAUGUAGCUGUGAUCUUAUUGUACGCCUGCCUAAUCUUUGUACCUGCUAUUGAUAUUGCUACAGCUACGAGCAUGUGGGAUGUAAAAUCCCAGGUAUGCGUGUGUGAUCAACUGUGCAGUGCUGAUCCACUCUCUUGGGAGGAAUAAAAAGCCAUCUGAAUCAGAUGUUAUGUUUGCA